AUGACGACAGACGCUCACGAUGAGGACCCAAAGAACUCUGCUCAGACGAAUCAAGGCUACGGCAUGUUCAAUGGCUGGAGGAGCCUUUUCAGUUUUACAGAAAAGGCACACCUCCCUGUGCUGUUGGCGGCAAUCUUCAUGUCUACCGCCGCCGGAAGCCUACAGCCGAUCAUGGCUUUCUUUUUCGGAAAGUUUUUCGACAAUUUCACAGACUUCGCAUCCAAUAAGAUCGAUGGCGCGACCUUCAUGAACAGAUCUCUUACCAGUUUCUAUGCACUCUUUGCUGUUGGCGGAGCAACAUUUCUGUUCAAAGGCGCUCUGUUUAGCUUGUGGCUGGUCUUCGGCGAAAUGCAGUCGCGCUGUGUUCGUGAGCUUCUUUUCGCAUCUCUUCUCGACCGAGACAUGCACUGGUAUCAGGCUCGGACAAGUGGGGUCGGGACGUUGUUGGCGAAAACUCAGAGACAGAUCAGAGACUUGCAGUUAGGAACCUCCCAACCUUUGGGUUUGACGAUUGUUUGCCUUGUCCAAGCUCUCGCGGGCCUGGGUUUGGCAUUGCGUACGAACUGGAAACUAGCCCUCGUCGUGUUGUCGGCAAUACCUGUCAUAGCCAUUGGCGCAACCGUCAUAUCUCGCGGUCUCAAAGCGAACAUUGAUGGGCACAACGAAGAGCUGGCAUUUACGAGCAAAAUAGCGAGCAACUGCAUCAAGAACAUUGUCACAGUGAUAUGUUGCAACACCCAAGAAGAGGAAGCGAAGUCUUAUACUGCUGCCAUCAAGAGGGCGGCUGCAUUUGCAAUGAAACAAGCAUUUAGCAGCGCGCUGCAGGCAAGUUACUCCGUGGCAAUCUCCAGCAUUGGCUCAUUUUUGCACACAGGCUUUUGGUACGGUGGCGCUCAGGUCCACUCAACCCAGACAACCGCUGGGGAAGUAGUUACGACAUUCUGGGCUUGCUUGAUCGCCACAAAGGCGUUCGAGGACAUACUACCGCACGGCGUUAUAAUUCAGAAAAGCCAAGUGUCAGCUACCGCUUUACAAGCAAUCCUGAACAAAGUCGGUCAGGGAAAGCUGCGGUCACGGAAGGUUGCCGGGCUGUCACCUCAGUUCUGCGAAGGAAACAUUGAGAUGCGAGAGGUCUCGUUCGCCUACCCUUCCACACCAAGCAAACUUGCCUUGGACCACUGCACGUUCUAUUUUACUGCUGGAGUAACCACAUUCAUUGUAGGCAAGAGCGGCUCUGGCAAAAGCACCCUCGGCAAUCUGCUCAUGGCUUUCUAUCGACCACAAAGUGGGUCUAUCAUUAUCGAUGGUAAUGCCGUCCAAGAUAUCGACUCGCAUUGGCUCAGGAACAAUAUUACCCUUGUUCAGCAACACAGCGUCCUUUUCAGCGACACAAUCUACCGAAACAUUACCCUAGGCAGCAGGGACUAUGACCGAGUUACCAGCGCUCAAGUGGACAAGUGUAUCCGCAUGGCAGCUUUAGACAGCACCAUUGCAGCGCUUCCAGAUGGCACGCAAACUAGAGUCGGUACAGGUGGUUCAUCUUUAUCCGGAGGACAGAAACAAAGAGUUGCGCUUGCACGGGCACGAUUGAGGGAUACGCCGAUUCUGAUCUUGGAUGAGGCAACCAGUGCUCUCGACAACACCAGCAAGAUGUAUGUCAUGCAUUCGAUACGAGAGUGGCGGCGCGGCAGGACGACCAUCAUCAUUACACAUGACCUGUCACAGAUCCGUGACGAAGACUGUGUAUAUGUUCUCCAGGGAGGUCGUGUUAUUCAAGAGGGUCGCCGUAAGAGUCUUGUGGAUUUCCCGAUUGGGGCCACUGACCACAAGAUUGACAUGACGGAGUUCAGAACACAGCGACUAGCUGGAUCUGAAAACACAUAUGGACCAUCUUCUGAAGCUCGUCAUGCAGACAGGGCUCAAGGACCGUCAUCCCGCCAUGUCAGGGAGGACUCGUUCGACGUGCUCACGAAAGGAAGUCCUAAAGGCUUACUUAUUGACUCACUGCAAGACGACGCGCACUCAAAUCAAACUCCACAUCAGUCAAGGAAGGGGGUUUCCCUGAGCAGCAUAGGUGCGAUAAACUUCUUGAAAAGACAAUCAAUGGCUCGAGCCAGAGUCAUGUAUGCCCUACACCACGGGCCAUCUAACGAAGCACAAUCAACAGCUGGCGAUUCAGUGAUGCGCACACUCAGAUACGCCGCUGUAGCCGCACGCCAGUCGCUCUUCUUACCGAGAAUGCCUCGGACACCACUAUCUCGCGACAAGCCACUGCCAAUUCCUCCACCGCAAUACGAGAUGUUGCAGGGAGACAGGAGUCUCGAGGAUAACGUACUUGAAUUUCCAACCGAACAAAUCCAGGGACACCCGCAAUCACCGUCAUCGAUACGGGCCGUCCUAUUAACACUGUGGCCGAGUCUGGAUAAGCCAGAUAGAAGCAAACUACUCUUCGGAUUCCUAGCCACACUUUGCCACGCUGGAGCUCCUCCCGCCUUCUCUUAUGCCCUCGCGCAAGUAUUCAACACAUAUUACAUGCCAGCAGGAUAUCAACGAGAGGCAUUGAAAUGGUCAAUGGUUGUGAUUGGCAUCGCUGUAGGAGACGGCGUUGCAUGUUUCUUCAUGCAAUAUCUCCUCGAUUCAGCCAGCCAGGCCUGGGUGGACACGCUGAGAACCCAGGCUCUGGGACGAAUCCUCCUGCAGCCGAAAAGUUGGUUCGAUGAGGAACAAAACGGUUCUACUGUUCUUGUGUCUUGUUUGGACACGAAUGCAGAAGAGGUGAAGGACUUGGUCGAACGAUUCGCUGCGCAAAUCCUGGUUGUAGCUGUGAUGAUGGUCGUGGCCGCUGUUUGGGCACUGCUCAACUGCUGGAAGAUCACGCUAGUGAGUCUGGCGAUGUCCCCGGUCCUCUAUGUCCUUACCAAAUGCUUCGAGGUCGUCUCGGCUCGCUGGGAAUCUCGGACCAAUUCAGCGGGUGAGGCAGUGAACCAGGUCUUCGCUGAUGCCUUUUCGGACAUCAAGACAGUCCGAUCACUGACCCUGGAAUCCUACUUCCACAGCAAAUUUCGUAAUGCCACCACCACGUGCUUUUCGAUUGGAAUACGGCGAGCCGUGUACACAGGAUUUUUCUUUGGUCUCUCGGACUCUGCCAUCGCCUUUUUCACGCCCAUGAUUUUUUGGUACGGGGCAUAUCUGGCCAAAGACGGAGAGUGGCCCGUCAAGUCCAUCUUGACCGUCUUUGGCCUCCUCCUGUUCUGUACCGCAAACGCAAACGCGGUCAUUGCCUUUAUCCCGCAGACAGCCUCCGCCGUCGACACUGCGAGUUGCCUCGUCCGACUUGCGCAUAUGCCAGUGCAGUCGCACGAAGAAAUCGGACAAGUUCAACUGGAUAGGAACGAUCGCGCCACACUUUCGGGACCCAUCCACUUCAUCAACCUGACGUUCAGAUAUCCGUCACGGCCCAGAGUGCCAGCCCUCUGGCGCUUGAACCUGACGAUCCCCGCCGGACAGAUAACCGCCAUUGUCGGCGCUUCUGGCUCGGGCAAAUCCACCAUCACAUCACUCCUGCUCGGCCUGUACCCUCUCACUGUGAGCGAUCAUCGUCAUGGCACAACGUGGAACGAUGCGUCGGACGACCCUCCCUCACUAACUCUCUCCGGACGGGACAUACGGACCCUUGACCUUCGAACUCUCCGCUCCCUCAUCGCCUUGGUCCCACAAACGCCCGUCAUUUUCCCCACCACGGUCCGAGAGAACAUCAUCUACGGCUUAUCUUCCAAUAGACUCUCGACGUCAGCAUCAGCGUUAGCGUCGUCUAUCGAAUCCGCCGCCCGCGCAGCCGGGAUCCACGACUUCAUCGUCUCCCUCCCGCAGGGCUACGCCACCGUCCUAGGCGACGGCGGUCUCGAUGUCUCCGGCGGCCAAGCCCAGCGCAUCGUCAUCGCUCGGGCCCUCAUCCGGCAUCCGAAAAUCCUGAUCCUCGACGAGGCGACCAGCGCGCUGGAUCACGAGAGCGCGGGGGUCAUAAGGCAGAGCAUACUAAGAUUAGUCUGCGAGGGUAGGCGGAAGGGGAAGGCUCUCACGGUCAUUGUGGUCACGCACGCGAGAGAGAUGAUGGAGUUUGCAGACCACGUCGUAGUCAUGGAUCAGGGCACGGUUAUCGAGCAGGGCGGGUUUGACGAGUUAAUGACCCUGGAAGGGAGGGGCAGAUUGUGGGGGAUGUUGCACGCGGGAGGUCGAUAA